AUGGCCAUCUCAUCACGCCUCGCCCUGUGGGAGCAGAAGAUUCGGGAAGAGGACAAGAGCCCGCCACCGUCCUCGCCCCCACCCCUUUUCUCUGUCAUCCCAGGGGGCUUCAUUAGGCAGCUGGUCCGGGAGACUGAGAAAGAGUCCAAGGAAGCAAGACGGAAGAAAGAGGCAGCACUUGCCUCUCCAGAACAAGAGAUCCCAGAACUUUCCAACAAGCAACCCAACAGCAAGUCCAACAGUGGCACCAAAUCAGGAAGCCAACAGAUUACCCAAGGCCACCAGCCAAGCUCUCCGCAGGACUCAAACAUUCCGAGCAAGGAGAGUGAGGGGACCGGCAGGACGGACCCUGUGCUGAUGACCAGCAUCAAUGGCGAGAAGCCGAAAAGACCCCUCCCCUUCAAGAGAGGUGUGAGGAGGGGUGAUGUGCUGUUGAUGGUGGCCAGGCUGGACCCUGACUCAGCCAAACCGGAGCAGAGGACUCACCCCCAGAAUUCCCCUACCUGCAAGACCCCACCUCCAACCAUAGACCUUGGAGGGGAAAGGAGAGGGGAGACCCCAGGUACUCCUCCUGGUCCCCAGGCCAGCACUAAGGAGCCAGUGCCAAAGGCUAAGAAGGCCCUGACUGGGAGUCUUGAGGGUCAAGGUCAAGGAACUGUGCCACUGCCUAAAGGCGAGAAGGGUCCAGGCUCAGUGGGGAGAGGGGGCGGGGCCCCGCAGACCAAAGAACUUAAAGGGGGUGAGGGCCAGGGGACCAGGCCCCGAGCCCAAGGGCCAGGUGAAGGAGGGCAGUCGGGGACAGUGGAGGAGGGAGGAGACUCCCAAAACAAAAUGGAAAAGGGGGAUCCCUGCAAGGAUGCAGGGGGUGAAGGGAAACAGCUUGUCAAAGCCCAAGCAACUGUGCUGAAGCCAGAUGAGGGAACAGCCGACCUGCCGGCAGGAAGGGUACGGCUUUGCAUCGACGACGCCAACAAAACCAUCAGCGAAGUGGAUGAGGAGUGCGUUCACCGGGUGAGCCCCCGAGGGCUGAAACCUUGGGUCUUCCUGCAGGUGCCCAGGGGCCGCUGGGACGGCCUGCCUGCCCACAUCAGCUCCCUGGCCCAGCGGGCAUACUGGGCACUGCUGAGUCAGCGGAGAGACCAGGGCAUUGUAGCCCUGGGCCGGAGUGGUGCUGGGAAGACCACCUGCUGUGAACAGGUCCUGGAGCACCUGGUGGGGCUGGCAGGCAGUGUGGACAACACGGUCUCAGUGGGAAAGAUCCAUGCCAUGUUCACCGUGCUCCGAGCUUUCGGCUCCGUGUCCACGGGUCACAGCCGCAGCGCCACCCGGUUCUCUAUGGUGAUGUCUCUGGACUUCAAUGCUACAGGCCGCGUCACAGCUGCUCACCUCCAGACUAUGCUUUUGGAAAAGAGUCGUGUGGCACGGCAGCCAGACGGGGAAGGCAACUUCGAAGUUUUCUCCCAAAUGCUGGCUGGGUUGGACAUGGAUCUCAGGACGGAGCUCUACCUACACCAAAUGGCGGACAGCAAUUCCUUUGGGAUGGGCGUGUGGUCCAAGCCUGAAGACAAGCAGCAAGCAGCAGCUGCCUUCGCCCAGCUCCAGGGUGCCAUGGAGGUGCUGGACAUCUCAGAGAGUGAGCAGCGAGCCAUUUGGCGGGUGUUGGCAGCCGUCUACCACCUGGGUGCGGCGGGGGCCUGCAAAGUGGGCCGAAAGCAGUUCAUGCGAUUUGAGUGGGCAAACCGUGCAGCUGAGGUGCUGGGCUGUGAGUAUGAGGAGCUGAACAGAGCCACCUUCAAGCAUCACCUGCAGCAGAUCAUCAAGCAAGUGAUGUCUGGGCCAAACCGACGGAGCCUUGAGGACGAGGAGACAGGUUCAGGGCUGAAGAUGACGGGCGUGGAGUGUGUGGAGGGCAUGGCUUCGGGCCUGUACCAGGAGCUCUUUGCCGCUGUGGUCUUGCUCAUCAACAGAGCCUUCUCCUCCCACCACCUCUCCAUGGCCUCCAUCAUGGUGGUGGAUUCUCCAGGCUUUCAGAACCCCCGGCACCAGGGUAAGGACCGUGCCGCGACCUUUGAGGAACUGUGUCAUAAUUAUACUCACGAACGCUUGCAGCUGCUUUUCUAUCAGCGGACCUUUGUCUCCAUGGUGGAGCGGUACCGAGAGGAAAGCAUUCCUGUGCAGUUUGACCUUCCAGAACCAUCUCCAGGGACCACGGUGGCAGUUGUAGAUCAGAAUCCCUCCCAGGUUCGCUUACCAGCUGGAGAUCAUGCUGAAGAUGCCAAAGGCCUUUUCUGGGUCCUGGAUGAGGAGGUCCGGGUGGAAGGCUCCAAUGAUAUCGUGGUGCUCGAGUGUCUGUGUGCAGCCUUUGAGAAGAAAGGAGCUGGGGCUGAAGAGACCUCCCCGCUGCGGAUGUGUGAGCAGCCCCUCCAGUGUGAGAUUUCCCACCAGCUGGGAAAGGACCCCGUGCGCUAUGACCUCACUGGUUGGAUCCACAAAGCCAAGCCGAACCUCGCAGCCCUGGAUGCCCCCCAGGUCCUGCAUCAGUCAAAAAGGGAGGAGCUGCAGCACCUGUUCCAGUCCCGGCUCAAGCUGCCCCCCAUCUGCCGGGCUGUGGCAGGUCUGGAGGGCACCUCCCAGCAGGCAUUGCAGCGGAUCCGCGCGGUGAGGAGGACAUUUGCCAGCAGCUUGGCUGCGGUGAAGAGGAAGGCCACAUGCACCCAGAUCAAGCUACAGAUGGAUGCACUGACCAGUGUGAUCAAACGGUCCCAGUUGCACUUCAUCCAUUGCCUGGUGACGAACCCAGUGGUGGAGAGCAGGGGCAGGCAGGGGUCUCUGACCCCACCCCAGCCUGGGGAGGACCAGCCCAGAGAAGGUGGGCCCCUGGCCCCGGACAUCCCGGCACUGAGGGUCCAGCUUGCAGGGUCCCACAUCCUGGAGGCGCUGCGUCUGCACAGGGCAGGUUACGCUGACCACAUGGGCCUCACUCAGUUCCGCCGGCGAUUCCAAGUUCUGGACCCUCCACUCAUGAAGACACUCAUGUCGACCUCUGAGGGAAUAGAUGAGAGGAAGGCUGUGGAGGAGCUCCUGCAGACCCUGGAUCUGGAGAAGAAGGCAGUGGCCGUGGGGCACAGCCAGGUUUUCCUCAAGGCGGGUGUGGUCUCCAGGCUUGAGAAGCAGCGGGAGAAGCUUGUGUCCCAGAGCAUCAUGCUCUUCCAGGCGACCUGCAAGGGCUUCUUGUCUCGCCAGGAAUUCAAAAAGCGUAAGAUUUGUUGUCUGGCCGCGCAGUGCAUCCAGAAGAAUGUGGCUGUGUUCCUGGCAGUCAAGGACUGGCCAUGGUGGCGGCUCCUUGCUUCCCUCCGGCCACUGCUGAGUUCCACCACUGGAGAGGAGCAGCUCCGAGCCAAGGAGGAGGAGCUUACAACCCUGAGACAGAAGCUAGAAAAAUCAGAGAAGUCGCGAAAUGAACUCUGGAAGAAUGCAGACCUGCUGGAGAGCAAGAUUGCAGACUUGACCACAGAGCUUGCUGAUGAGCGUUUCAAAGGUGACGUGGCCUGCCAGGCACUGGAGAACGAGCGGGCAGAGAGGCUGAGAGCCUUCAGGGAAGUCCAGGAGCUGAAGACCACGUAUGAGCAAGUGCAGAAGAGUCUGGGGGAAGUGGGGAAGCAGUUGGAAGAAGCUCAGCAGAAAAUUCAAUUGAAAGACUUGGAAAGAAGUCACGCUGGAGGAGCUGACGAAUGGCAGAUGCGUUUUGACUGUGCGCAGAUGGAAAACGACUUCCUCAGAAAGCGUCUCCAGCAAUGCGAGGAAAGGCUGGACUCCGAGACUACGUCCAGGAAAGAACUGGAGCAGAAGCUUGGGGAGCUGCAGACUGCUUAUGAGGGGGCCAAGAAGAUGGCUCACCAACUAAAGAGGAAGUGCCACCAUCUGACCUGUGAUCUGGAGGACACCCGUGUCCAGCUCGAGAACCAGCAAAGCCGAAACCACGAGCUCGAGAAGAAGCAGAAGAGGUUUGACAUGCAGCUGGCCCAGGCCCUGGGUGAGUCUGUGUUUGAGAAAGGCCUCCGAGAGAAAGUAACCCAGGAGAACACCAGUAUCCGGUGGGAGCUAGGCAAGCUCCAGCAGCAGUUGGAGCAAAAAGAGCGGGACAUCUUGCAGCUGACGCAGGAGGUUGAGAGGCUACAGACCCAGAAGCAGGAGCUCCUGAGGUCUCCCUCCCUGGGGCAGAAUGGCGUUGCUGACUUAAAGGAGAGACUUUGGAAGAUGGAAUCCCGUGCCCUCGAGCAACAGAAGAUCCAGAAUCAGCAGGAAAACACCAUCAAGCAGCUGGAGCAGCUUCGUCAGCGGUUUGAGCUGGAGAUUGAACGGAUGAAGCAGAUGCAUCAGAAGGACCAUGAGGAUCAGGAGGAGGAACUGGAGGACGUCCGUCAGUCCUGCCAGAAGCGGCUCCGGCAGCUGGAAAUGCAACUGGAGCAGGAGUACGAGGAAAAGCAGGUGGUCCUCCAUGAGAAGCAGGAUUUGGAAGGCUUGAUUGGGACCCUCUGUGACCAGAUCGGCCAUCGGGACUUUGACGUGGAGAAGCGUCUUCGAAGGGACCUCAAGAGGACCCAUGCACUCUUGUCAGAUGUGCAGCUCCUUCUCAGGACCAUGGAGGACAGCAAGACAUCAGUCAGCAAAGAGGAGCUGGAGAAAGUACAGAGCCAGGUGGAUGAGCAGCUGUACCGGCUGCAGUUUGAGAGGGCAGACCUCCUGAAGCGCAUUGAUGAGGACCAGGAUGACCUGAACGAGCUCAUGCAGAAGCACAAGGACCUCAUUGCUCAGUCUGCUGCUGACAUUGGGCAGAUUCAAGAAAUGCAACUGCAGCUGGAGGAAGCCAAUAAGGAGAAGCACAAGCUCCAAGAACAACUGCAGGUGGCUCAGAUGCACAUCGAGUACCUGGAGCAGUCCACGGUGGAUAGAGCCAUCGUCAGCAGGCAGGAGGCAAUCAUCUGUGAUCUGGAGAACAAGACAGAGUUCCAGAGAGUGCAGAUCAAGAGAUUUGAGGUCCUGGUGAUGCGGCUCCGGGACAGCCUGAUCAAGAUGGGCGAGGAGCUCUCGCAAGCAGCAGCCUCCGAGUCCCAGCAGCGGGAGAGCAGCCGCUAUUACCAGCGGCGCCUGGAGGAGCUGAAGGCGGACAUGGAAGAGCUGGUGCAGCGGGAGGCAGAGGCGAGCCGGCGCUGCAUGGAGCUGGAGACAUACGUGGAGGAGCUCGCAGCAGUGAGGCAAACCCUCCAGACAGACCUCGAGACGUCCAUCAGAAGGAUUGCUGACCUGCAGGCAGCCUUGGAAGAGGUGGCGUCCAGCGACAGUGACACAGAAAGUGUCCAGACGGCGGUGGACUGUGGCAGCAGAAAAGAGAUGGACACUAUCUCCACCUUCAGCUCCCAGCCAGCGAGCAGUCUGCAGUCCUGGUUGAGCUGCACGCUGUCCCUGGCCACAGACACCGUGAGGAGCCCGUCUCGACAGUCAGUCAGCAGCCACACCUUCAGCCCCAGGAUGAAUAGAGAGGCUGGGGAUGCUGAGAGGACCAGAGCAGUGUUGGCACCAAGUGGAGCCCGCUGCAAGACCCCUGGAGGCCAGUCACCCCUCUCCUUCCACCGGCAGAAGUCCCGCCAUCUGGGGGAUGGCGAAGGGUUUGGCACCCACAGGAGGAGCAUGGAGCAGUUGGAAGCUCUGUCUUCCUCCCGGUCUUCACAGAGUAGAGACACAUCCCCACUUCCCAGGGAAAAGCUGCCGAGCCCUUCGGCGGCCCUCUCUGAGUUCGUGGAAGGCCUCCGGAAGAAGCGAGCUCAGAGGGGACGGGGGUCCCCGCUGGGCCUGGAGGACUGGCCCACCCUCCCCAUCUACCAGAUCACUGGGGCAUCCACACUGCGGAGAGGCAGGGCCAGGAGUGAUGAGGGUGACCUCUCGCUGAGGGUUGGGGCAAAGUCAGCCCUGGAAAUGGAGGGUGCUGCGGGGCUUCUGCGGUCCACCAGCUUGAAGUGCAUCCCCUCUGACAGCAUGGAGUCCACCACACUGCUGCCCGAGAAGCUGAAGACCCGGUUCAGUUCCUGCGAGUCCCUCAUAGAGUCGGGAUCAAGUUCAGAGAGGAAACUGAGCUCCUCGACCACACCCAGGGACCCUCUCUUGUCCCCCGUGUUGCGUCCUCGAAGGCCGUGUCUGGAAUCCUCUCUGGAUGACGCCAGCUGCCCAGAACUAGGGAAGGAGCCCCUUGUCUUCCAGAACCGCCAGUUCGCCCAUCUUAUGCCGGAACCUCCAGGCAGCGACCCGUUCAGCUGGAAGCUCCCAAGCCUCAACUAUGAACGUAAGAGCAAUGUGGAUUUUGAUGACUUCCUCCCAGCCAUCCGAAAGCCUCAGACUCCCAUUUCCUUGUCAGGAGUGGCCAAGGAUAGACAAGACAGUUCACGGCUUUCCAGCGUCCACUUUGAGACGGAAGAGGCCAACCGCUCCUUUCUCCCGAGGAUCAGCACUGCUUUGUCAAAGAGCCCAGAGCCCAAGGAAGACCCUGCUCAUCUCUCUGACUCAUCCUCAUCCUCCGGCUCCAUCCUGUCCUUCAAAAGUGCUGACAGCAUCAAGAGCCGGCCGAGAACCCUGAGGCUCGAGGGUGAUGGUGGGGAGCGCACAUCGCCAGAGAACAGAGAGUCAGGGGCAGGGAGGAAAGCGGAUGAUGUUGAAAGCAUCAUGAAGAAGUACCUCCAGAAGUAG